CGACUUGGGGCUAGGAGUGCUGACGCAGCCGAAGAUGGCAUAAGCCACAGGCGGCGGCCACCACUGGCGAGGCAGAGGAGGCAGCCAGCCAGCCAGCCAGCGAUUUCUGCACUCUGCAGUAUACCCGAGGCCUUUGGGCCAGUGAAACGUGUGUUGUGUUCACUAGUUUUCUCUCAUCGAGUUCCUCCUGGUCUGCGCCAAGACACAGACGCGCAUCGGCGAUAUACUUGGACGUCCCUGCCGACGAGGUUUUUGCUUGUUGCGACAUCAUCGAGACACACUCACACACCACGAGGUAUUAUUAUCACUAGUUCUAUGGCCUAUUUUAAAAACGAACCACUACGUCAUGCGUUUUUCUUCAUUUUUCGGUUAAUACGAUCGGUUUGACACGAUAAAAGAUAUUUUUCCAGCGGCGCAUACCAACCGUGUGGACUGUUGCAAUAUAUACGAGGAAUCAUACGAACCUAACACAUCGACUCCGCUCGCCGUGGUACAAUUAGUAUGUCAGUGCCUUCGAUGGUACAUCGAUCAGGGGGUUCGCUGAUAGUGCGCAGCAUAGUAAGCGGAGACGCUCUCUACAAUCGUGACGACGUAGAAAACAUCCUCGACGACGGAGACGACGUCGAAGCCGACGACUCAACACCGGGAAAUCACGAAGAUUCCCCCGACGCCGGCGGCGAACAUCUCAACAAAGAAUUGCCUGAUUGUAAAGUGAAAAGAAACUAUUUGUGCGUCGGCUGUGACUUUUUCACUCAAAAUCCGCGCGUAUAUCUCUAUCAUUUACGCGACGUUCAUAAUGAAAAAGUAAAAAUUUACGAGUGCCCGAAUUGUUUGUACGCCUCUAAGCAUUUCCAGAAAUUGCUACGUCACACGAAGAUGGUGCACGAUGAUGCCCCCUCUAAAAAAAUCUCCAGCGAAGGACCCGCGGAAGAGGAGCCGCAUGCGGCUGUGUUUAAGUGUUCGGUGUGCACGUUUACCGGAAAAACUCCCGCGAUGCUCGCCAAACACGAGCGUGAAGAACAUAUCAAAACGAAAUUUUUCCGUUGCUCGAAAUGCACUUAUGUAACCCACAUCAAAGCGCGUUACACGAAACACGUCAAGUACCAUUCCAUGCCGAUGAUUAAGUGCGAGAUGUGCGAUUUCAGAACGCCGUACAAAUGGAACCUGGACAGGCAUUGCAAGAACCACAACGGACACGGUGCCUUCAAGUGUUCGGCGUGCAAUUUUACAGCCGAUAUCAAACAGAGUUUGACAGUGCACGAGAUGAAUCACCACGUGCCGCCCGUGGGUCAAGCGGCGGGCUUAGGAGUUGGGAGACGGCGCAAUAAAGUCGGUGCCAGCGAUACUACCCUCGCCGAAGAAAUCGGACAAGAACGACAAGCGCAAACUCAGGUCAACAGUGACAAAGUGCAGCGUACAGAGGAUAUUGAAGACAGAAAAAUUCCACCGAAAACGCCUUCGAAGAAAAUUAAACUCGAACCUAACACCGAUAGCAAAAAAUCAGAUUUCAUUAAUCCAGAAGAUAUAAUUCAUCACGCCAAUGGCAAGAUUUACUUUAAAAAUAAAUGUAAGUACUGCAAUUUCAAAACAGCUUGGGACGGUGAAAUGGCCAAGCACGAAAAGAAAGUACAUAAUAUCGACCGAAGAGAAGACAGCAAACCGAUGAUCAAGAAACCAUAUAGACCGGUGCCCAAUCUUAUACCGAUACCGUCACAAAAUUAUUUACUGAAAAAACCCAAAAUCGAAUUUUCAGAUCCAGGAGAACCGGUCAUGAGUCAAAAGGACAUUAACGAUAUAUGCGCCAAGAGUUCCAAUAGUGUUCUUAAGGACUUCGCCUCUCUUUUCGGGUCCGAAGACGUCUUUAAAGCGUCUACUCCUAAAGUACCUGAUCUCAUACCUACUGCUGUGUACAAUAACAAUUAUACCUCACCUAAAAAUAAGAUGACCGAUGUAUUUAAACAGAAAAAUGCCUCGUUUUUUGACAGCCUUAGAGAAAAAUUGGAAUUGGGCACACAGGGAACCGGUAAUUUAGUAUGUAGCAUUUGUAAUCAUGAAAGUAAGUGCCUUACCGAACACGUGAAACAUCAGCAAAGCUGUGGUAAAGAAAUCAAUAAAAAUCACGCCAUUAUUCCUCUUCAUAAUAUCAGCUCAUCGAGGUGCCAAUUUUGCAGACAGCGAUGCAAAUCUAGCACAGAUUUAUUCCAUCACAUGCAAAAAUGUCCCGAAGCCAGGAAGGCUCAAGAUUCACUAGAACCUAAAAUAGAAGAGGAAUCCGAUACUGAAGGUGAAUUGAGGAUAGAUGAAAGCCGAGAUGAAACAGAAAUAAAACCUCAUCCGAUGGAAAAUAAAGUGUUUGUCUGGAAUGACAUCGUUGUACCGAUGGAUAUCGAGGUUGACGAUUCAAAUUAUGAAUAUACAGAAGAAAAAAUUGACGACAAUGUUUCAUUAGAUCUAUCGAUUCGAACACAAUCGCCGUUGGACAGUGAAAAUAGCGGGUUAGGUCAUGAAUCUAUUACUCCGAAUAGUGUACACCAUUCUCCUCCACCUAGUACUGAAAAAAUUCCGACGCACGGUAAUGACAUCUCCGUAGCGCAACACAAACGUGUCUUCAAAUGUCCACAUUGUACUUUUUGGGCUUCCACGGCGUCUCGCUUCCACGUACAUAUCGUGGGUCAUUUGAACAAGAAACCUUUCGAAUGUUCUUUAUGCGCAUACCGAUCCAAUUGGCGUUGGGAUAUAACUAAACACAUCAAAUUGAAAUCUGUUAGGGAUCAAGCUCACGAACAAGCUAAAGUCCUGAUGACUGACGAAACUGGAAGAAGAAAUUACACUAAAUACAAUAAGUACCUGACGGAGAUUCCCGUGACUAGCGAACAAUGCAUGGACACUAGCGGAGGCUGUGGAACAAGACCAAAGCAUCACGAUAGGAAUUCUUCGCCUACUGCAAAUAAAUACAUUCUACCAAAAUUGCAAAAAACUCCGAACAACAACGAUUUCAGUCCUUUAAUGAAAACUGCUUCACCUUUGAGACCUCCGCCUCCAUUGAAAGUUGCCGAUGGAUCGUUUCUCACCGAGAUAGUCGAUAAGAAAAGGAGCACCAGUGAAGGAAAACGUACUCUGUUCAAGUGCAAGAAGUGCAACUUCAAGGACGCUUCGAGGGAUAUUUUACUGCAGCAUGUGAAAGGACACUACCAGCAACACUCUUUGUCUUCCUCACACCAAGUAGGAGCGUCGUCAGCUUCAAUAACGACGUCGACUUUGGCAUCGCAGGAGCAGGCAUCGACCAGUAUAGUCGCCGGUGACCUCAAUAGCGUAGCACAGGAUUUGAGUUUAAGGGGUACGAGUCCUGAUAGAGAUGAGGCAAGUGUAAAUAACAUAACUGGUGGGAAGGGAAGCGGCGGUACUGCCCCCUUCCGUUGCGGUCAUUGCAACCAGGUAUCUAACUGGAAGCAUGUCAUCCAGAGACAUUGCAGAUUAAAACACAAUGGAGAUAUCCGAGUCAUAAGCAACAAAUACGGACAAGAAAAAAUUGAAAUGGAAGAAUUAACUGACGAACCCGAUCACGUCGACGUUGUUCAAAACGGUUCCUUCAAAUGUACGGAGUGUCCCUUUUCCAAUGACGAUAAUAUGGAGUUUGAACAACACCUUUUAGGUCACAAACCCACCGAAGAAAGUAUCUUCAAAUGUUUCUAUUGCAAAUUUUACGUUAAUAGAAAGGCGGAUUUGCAUGAUCAUCUACAACUGCACGGUAUAACCGAACCGGACGAUUUCUUAAUUAAAAUGACCGAAAAAACGAAUAUCGAAGGCGAGGGAAAAAAAUUCAGAUGUGUAACAUGCCCUUACGUUACAAACUCCAAAUCGCAGUAUAAAUACCAUAAACAGUUUCAUAAACCAAGAGGGGGACAGUACAGUUGUAGUCACUGUUCUUACAACGUCAGUAGACGGCAUCUACUCCAUCAACACCUCAAAGUCCACGGUAUCAAUAUAGCCAAUCAUAAGCAAAACGGCGAAGCUAUGUACUUGGAUGAUAUAACGGACGAUAUCGAAGAAGUAUCAUCCAAUUCAUUUAAAAUGGAUCUGCAAAAUUUGCUCGACAUACCUUUAGUUUGGGUAUCGAAAAAUGGAAAAUUCUCCAAAAUGUUCAAAUGCAGAUAUUGUCCUCACGUUAAUCUGAGAAAAGUUAAUAUUCAAGAACACGAAAAGAUGCAUAGUAUCCGCGAAAAAAGUCACAACAGCUCCAAAAGUGGUGACGUAGAACACAGGUGUACGGAAUGCAAUUACAUUUGCGCCAAUGCGGGUGUUCUAUCAUCACAUUCGAAAGUACAUCAAGGGUUGUACGGUAUGGUUCAUCGAUUGGUAGAUCCAUCGAGAAGCGACGAAGAACAAAUCAGAGAACUCAGUCGAACAAUUGGAAUAACAUCGACAAACGAAACGUCUAACUUUUCUCAGGACGAUUUCGAGGAGUUGAUGGACGUAGAAGAAAUAGAUAGUUCGUCUGGUACGGGGACGGCACUUUAUUUUUGCAAAGAAUGUCCUUCGAGAUUCCUUAAGGAAAACGAAUUCGGAAUACAUAAAAAAUUCCACGGAUCCAGGUUAUUUUAUAAAUGUGAUCAUUGCACUUAUACUUCUAGAGAAAAACCUCACUUAACGUCUCAUUCCAAAGUCCAUACUAGCGAAUAUCAAGAUAGAACCAAAGUGUUGCAAGGCAUGUACGCCAUCAGUCCAAAUUAUCCUCGGCCAAAUACGAAGAUGAUAAAAACCGAGAACGGCGAACAAGUUUGGAUAGUGGUGGAAAAACCGAAUAGAGAAAUGAGUACUCUAUGUAGUAUUCUCAGUAAACCCGUGAAAUCUUCUCAAAAUGUGCCAUUAUCUGGAACGGAUCUAUUCUUACAAAAAUCGGAAGCCGAACAGAUGCAUGCCGCCCAAAUGAUGAAGGAUUCUUCUCCUCCAAGAAUAACAGAUUACGACCUUACCGAACUAAUGAGGGGAAACCCCGAAUUUAUAUACCAACCAAUUAUGAAAAAUGGACGAUUGAAAGAAAAACGUUACAAGUGCCAUAUGUGCCCUACGGCAUUUGAAAAAAGGGAACAGUAUAAAAUACAUUUAGGUCUCCACGGAUCGAAUCAACGUUACCAAUGCGAACACUGUGAUUAUUCCGUCAAAUAUUACGCUAACUAUGUACAACACAUUAAAAAACACAAAAUGAACGCCGAUGCUCAAGCGGCGAGACGUUCUAGUGACGAAGCCGAUCUAGAAAUCGACGAAAGUAUCGAAGAAACAAACAAUCAAGAAGUACCCGCUAAUAACGACGACGACGAUAAACAAUACGAUGAAGAAGACAAAAAAGUACAAACACAAAUCGAUGAUACUGUACAAUUACAAACGCGUAUAAUAGAAGACAAAGAUUCCUUUUUUUGUUCUCUUUGUCCGUAUUCCGAUAUUAAAAAAGAGAUAAUUAUCAAUCAUGUGAACUGUCACGCUUGUGUUUCUGGUACUUCGAGUACUUAUACUUGCGAACAUUGUGAUUUUACCGUGCCACAAAUGAAUACGUUACGUGAGCAUACGAAAUUACAUUUUUUACCAAGUAAACGGCAUCAAGUCGAAGGAUUCAUGAGUUGUGAUAAUAUGAAACUCACCGAACAAGACGGUACCGAAAAUAGGAUUGUUUUCGAAGAACACGGCUCGGAGGAACGGAAAUUUUCGCCACCGUUAAAAACCGAAGUAGCCGACAAGUUUAAUAAUAACGAAGGUGAAAAACAAUUUUACAAUGUACAAACUGGUGAAUUAGUCGAAGGAAGGGAAUUUAGUGAUAAUCAGUCUUAAAGGGUUACAAAAUGGAAGUAAAUUAGUCCGACUUCUAGUGAUAAUUACAUUAAUCUAUCGGAAAACUUACUUAAUACUGAUUAAAUACAUUUUUAUCGUGUUAACAUUGCCUUUUAGUCAUAGAGUAUUUUUACAAAAGUAUUUUCACACGAUGUUAGAAAAGGAGUUUAAUAAUACUAUAGUAUUAUCACCAAUUUUCAUACUUAUUUUAUUUCUAUAUAUGUAUAUAACUUGUUCUGUUAGAAAGUAUUAAUUUUAUGUUCAUGGGAUUUAAUGCCAAAGCAUUCAAUGCCAAAAUUUGCCAUAACUUUAUUGUUGUUUUUUGUUUUACAGAAGAUGAGAGAGAAAUAUAUUAAUUGAAAUGUAAA